UCCGCGGUGUUCAGUGCGCGUUGAGUUGCCGUUGGCGACGCCAUCUCCGUUGCUUUCCUCCGAUACUUUAGUUUCUUAUUUUUUUAAUAAUUAUUUUUAUUAGCCGUGUUUUGCGUCGCGUUUGUGUUAGACUCUCUGAAUGCUUCGAGCCAUUCGCAUGACCAGAGAAGAUCAUAGAACUAUCAAAACGGACUCUUGAUAUUUUUAGCAAAAGUCAUAAGAAUAUAAAAGUUCGUGAGUGUGUGCGUCUUAUAUAUAUAGACCUAUGUGUAGUGCGUGAGUGUGUAUAUAUAUAUAGUGGAUGGCACCUUGAGCCACAACCGCCAUAGCCAUUGCCACAAUGUGUUCAUGCUGCGAUCGUAAAACUGCGUAGGGAGUCAUGUCCACGCCCACGCCCACGCCCACUGCCUCGGGGGCAGCUGCUCCUUCCGGUGGUCAGCAGGCUCCGCCACUGCCCCACGAACUGACCGCCGAGUGGACGGUGCGAGCCCAUUUGACUUUUGCCCGGGCUGGGGAAACCGUACAGAAGGAGUUCUGUGCUCCGGAGGCAGUGCAUCCAGUGCGUGUGGUCUACAAGUGGAGUACUCCCUUCCAGGAUCCCGAGCAGGAGCAGGAUGCCGACAAGACCAGAAACAGCUUCCGUUCCACCAACUCUUCGGCCACCACAACCAAUGCCGACUCUGCCUUUGGCAGUCCCCAAGCAUCCAGGGUGGUGAACCAACCGGUUAAGGAUAAGGCCGCUGCUGCCCCUCCAGGGGCCACGGCCCAGGUGUGUGGGACUCGCUGCCGGAGCACUUGCAACAUUAUGGUGUCCGCUGUGGCGGACUUUCUGCCUCAGGAGGAGGGAGCUCUGGUGGCCAACGAACCCUUUGUGUAUCACAGCAAGGUGAGGGCCCAGCAGCUGAGGGAUGCCUUUUCCCAGACCAGCGACACGGAGGAGCAGCCGGCUAGGAGGCGGCCGGCGUACGAGCAGCGUCGGGCCACCACAGAGGCGCUGAUGAACUUUGCCAGCAAGCGGCAGGCGGAGGAGGCUAACACCUAUGUGCCAACCUACUCACCCACGCCCACAACGCCCUCGUCCACUUUCAAGUCGGCUUCGAUGUCCAGGAUACCGCCUCUCGCUGGCAGUGUGAAUCAACCGUCGGUCUCACGGCCAUCGAAUCUUGGGGAGAAGAAACCCCGCACAGUGCACAUCGAUGUCUACUGCACGGGCUCCGAGGGGGAUGAGGAGGAAGCCGAUGACGAGCAUCACGCCGACGAGGAGGCCUCCAGUUCAUCCGACUCUGAGCUGGCUGGCAGCAAGCGCUACGAUCUAGAAUCAACUUCCACGCCGCAGACCGUGCUGGACAACGAGCAGAUGCUGUUGCGUCACAAGAGGAUAUCCGGCGGAGCCAUGCCAAGGCGCCUAGCCCAGCAGCAGGGCCAAGGCACAGGAUCAAGCACUCAGGCGAGGGACCAACUGAAUCUGGGACAUGCCAUUACAAAGUGCAGUACCGCCGAGGAGGUCAGCGAGUCCAAGCAGCUGCUCUUCCGCAAGCACAUCGGGGACCAGCGGGCGGCCAAGUUGGCCAAUCUGCGCCAGAAGUACAUGCGCCAGCCCAGCGACGAGACCAGCAGUAGCACCUAUCCGAACUCCUCCCGCUCCACGAUGCCGCGGGACGCCACCUGCAGCAGCAUAUCCAGCGUGAUGGGUGGGGUGGACUGCGUCGACUCCUCCUGGAAGGAGACCGACGAGGUAGACACCACGAAUAUCAGCUUCGGCCUGACCAAGUCCGAUAGCUUCGAUUACGAGAACUCGCUGGACAGGCUGCGCAUCAGCCAGAUGGAGAGGCUGUGGUCCCGCCAGCACUCCCUAGACCAAAACCAGCACCUGACUGCGACCAACAACCUGCAUCCGCACUUGCAGACCAUCACCGAGGCGCAGUCCUCGCAGCGCAGCUCGUUCCAGCGCAGCGACACCAUCCCCUCGGAGUCGGACGGCUUCUCGGAUGCCAACGGCUUCAAUACCUACCCUGGCAGGCACUCGCAGUCCCAUCUCCAGCAGAUAUCGCAUUUCCCGCGCAAUCGCCCGGGCUUUCUGCAGUUCUUUGGACCCACUGGCGGGCAAGGACCCACGGCAACUCCUCCGGCCACGGCGCCGGUCCAGCCAGCAGCCACUGCCACAACGGAUCCGUUCAGGCUGCUCCAUCCGAGCUAUCGCUGGAAGAGCGAGGCCCGCGACAAUCUGAGCGUGCAGGUGGCUUCCGGAUCGCCCUCCUCGGAGCGCAGUUCGCCGCAGUUGCUGUCUGCGGCCACCACAGUGGUGCGAUGCGGCAGUGAAGCCCCGCCCAGCACCACGUCCGCCAGUACUUUCGGGGCCACUGUGGCGCCAUCACCACUACCAGUGCGUCACUUCGAUAUAUCCCGGGACAGUCCCAGUUUGGCCAGCGAGGCGUCCACCAUCGUGUCCGGUUACACCCACGAGCACCUGGAGAAGGCGCGUCGCUUCGGCAAUGUGGUGGCAAUGCGGAAGCCCGGCCACCACGUCGGUCCCACCAAGAAUCCCAACUGCCAGUGCGAGAGCUGCCAGCGUUGGCUGGCAGAGCGCUUCCAGCUCCGCGGCAGAGCCUUCUCCCUGGGCGAGCGACCCCUGCUGCGGCGGCCGCAACCCUAGGACCUGCGUUUCAUAUUUAUUUUCCAGUUUAAGGCUUGCAUUUAACACGUUGCUUUUCUGAUUGCCAUCUGCCCCAUUAACCCGAACCCCAGACCUAAUCCCGAACCACAAGAAACCCAAAUCUGUCGAAUAGUUGUAAGCCAGACGCGAAUGUUCCUCAAACGCUGAAUCAGUUAUGUUGUAAUCAUAUGUUGUAAUAAAGUCAAGAGCAAUAGAUUGUAAUUAAGAGAGUUC